AUGAAUGUGCGAGAGUUCUUUAUCCAGCAUAUGAUUGACGACCCGUCUGCUAAGCGGGUUAUCCAGGAUUCCCAAGAGUCUUUCACCACCUACCAACGAAAAGAGGUGAAAAUUUGGUGUAUGUUCAUCGACCACACCUACCAGAGGAUGUGGGUGGCCCGUUUGGCGCAAGAAGCCGUGUAUGAGUUGGGAGCCCAGCUGGCAGGUUCACUCAGUGGUGAACUGAUGCCUAAUGAGAGCACUAUCGAGGCUUACGCCGAAGAAGCCCUGAACUUGUUGAUGGAAUGGGGACCGGAGAAGAGGACAGAGUGGUCGAACCCGAGAGAAUUGGACCAUGGAUUUACUUUUGAGAGAUAUUUGGCGAUCAACAAUCGUUUAUAUCUCUUUUCUCUGGUUACUCCGUGCAGUGAAGAGAUACGCCAAAGCUUCACCAUGAGAGAGGCCUGGACGCCUUCGGAUCAAAGCUUUUCCAUGAGGCCGUAUCAGUCCUCAGACGGUGCGAUCUGGAAGAGUCUAGCAAUGACUUUCUCAGCAGGCUAA